AUGUCCAUAAACAAAAAACUAAACGGCCUAAGAGACAACUUCAACCUCCUGGGCACUCGAAACAAGAUUCUUGUCGCCAAUCGUGGUGAGAUCCCCAUUCGUAUCUUCCGUUCUGCACACGAACUGUCCAUGCAAACGGUCGCCAUCUACUCUCACGAGGAUCGUCUCUCCACUCACAGACUGAAAGCUGACGAGUCAUACGUCAUCGGUGAACCACACCAAUUCACUCCAGUGGGUGCAUACUUGGCCAUCGACGAGAUCAUCAACAUCGCCAAGAGACACGGAGUCGAUUAUAUCCAUCCUGGUUACGGUUUCCUAUCUGAAAAUUCUGAAUUCGCUGAUAAAGUCGCCAAGGCGGGCAUCACAUGGAUUGGUCCACCAGCAAGUGUCAUUGAUUCCGUUGGGGAUAAAGUCUCUGCUAGAAACUUGGCCACUAAGGCUAACGUACCCACGGUUCCAGGGACCCCCGGUCCUAUUAGGACUGUGCAGGAUGCUCAGGAUUUCGUUAAUGAGUAUGGGUACCCUGUGAUCAUUAAGGCUGCCUUUGGUGGUGGUGGGAGAGGUAUGCGUGUUGUCAACGAAGGUGACGAUUUGGCUGAUGCCUUCCAACGUGCCUCGUCAGAAGCAUUGACUGCAUUCGGUGAUGGGACAUGUUUUGUGGAAAGAUUCUUGAAUAAACCAAAACAUAUUGAAGUGCAAUUAUUGGCUGAUACUCAUGGGAACGUCAUUCAUUUGUUUGAAAGAGAUUGUUCCGUACAAAGAAGACAUCAAAAAGUGGUGGAAGUGGCUCCAGCAAAGACUUUACCUAGAGAAGUACGUGAUGCUAUCUUAACUGAUGCCGUCAAAUUGGCUAAGGAAUGUGGGUACCAGAAUGCCGGUACAGCUGAAUUUUUGGUCGACGAUCAAAAUAGACAUUAUUUCAUUGAAAUCAAUCCAAGAAUUCAAGUGGAACAUACCAUAACGGAAGAAAUUACAGGUAUUGAUAUCGUCGCAGCUCAAAUUCAAAUUGCUGCAGGUGCAUCAUUGGAACAAUUAGGUCUAUUACAGGAUAAAAUUACUACCCGAGGAUUUGCCAUUCAAUGUCGUAUUACCACUGAAGAUCCAGCAAAGAACUUCCAACCGGAUACAGGUAGAUUAGAAGUUUACGACUCUGCAGGUGGUAAUGGGGUCAGAUUGGAUGGUGGGAAUGCAUAUGCUGGUGCCAUCAUUUCACCACAUUAUGAUUCCAUGCUGGUAAAAUGUUCAUGUUCUGGUUCUACAUACGAAGUCGUCCGUCGUAAGAUGAUUCGUGCAUUGAUUGAAUUUAGAAUUAGAGGUGUCAAGACAAAUAUCCCAUUCUUGUUGACUCUAUUAACUCAUCCUGUGUUUAUUGCAGGGGACUAUUGGACUACAUUCAUCGAUGACACUCCACAAUUGUUCAAGAUGGUCUCAUCUCAAAAUAGAGCUCAAAAACUAUUACAUUAUUUGGCUGACUUGGCAGUAAACGGUUCCUCUAUUAAAGGACAAGUCGGUAUUCCUCAAUUGAAGAAAGUUCCAGAUAUUCCACAUAUUCAUGAUGCACAAGGAAAUGUAAUUGAUGUUACCAACGUUCCUCCUCCAGCUGGUUGGAGACAAGUUCUUCUAGAACAAGGACCAGAAGAGUUUGCCAAACAAGUGAGACAAUUCCAAGGUACUUUACUAAUGGACACCACUUGGAGAGACGCUCAUCAAUCUUUAUUGGCCACAAGAGUAAGAACCCAUGAUCUGGCUAAAAUUGCACCAACUACAGCUCAUGCCCUAGCAAGCGCCUUUGCCUUAGAAUGUUGGGGUGGUGCUACAUUUGAUGUGGCUAUGAGAUUCUUGCAUGAAGAUCCAUGGAAGAGAUUAAGAACUUUAAGAAAAUUGGUCCCAAAUAUUCCAUUCCAAAUGUUAUUGCGUGGUGCUAAUGGUGUUGCUUAUUCUUCCUUACCUGAUAAUGCAAUUGACCAUUUCGUUAAACAGGCAAAGGAUAAUGGUGUCGAUAUCUUUAGAGUCUUUGAUGCAUUGAAUGAUUUGGAUCAACUAAAAGUGGGUGUAGAUGCUGUUAAGAAAGCUGGUGGUGUCGUAGAGGCUACUGUUUGUUAUUCUGGUGAUAUGUUACAACCUGGUAAGAAAUACAAUUUGGAUUACUAUCUAGAAGUCACUGAAAAGAUUGUUCAAAUGGGCACUCACAUCUUGGGUAUUAAAGAUAUGGCCGGUACUAUGAAACCAGCUGCUGCUAGACUAUUAAUUGGUUCCAUUAGAGCUAAAUAUCCUGACUUGCCUAUCCAUGUUCAUACACAUGAUUCUGCAGGUACUGCUGUUGCAUCUAUGAGUGCUGCAGCCUAUGCAGGUGCAGACGUUAUCGAUGUGGCAACCAAUUCCAUGUCUGGGUUAACAUCUCAACCUUCUAUUAAUGCCCUAUUAGCAUCCUUAGAUGGUGAAAUUAACACUAGCAUCAAUGUCCAACACGUUCGUGAAUUAGAUGCGUACUGGGCUGAAAUGAGAUUAUUAUACUCAUGCUUUGGUGCUGAUUUGAAGGGUCCAGAUCCUGAAGUUUAUGAACAUGAAAUUCCAGGUGGCCAAUUAACCAAUCUUUUAUUCCAAGCUCAACAAUUAGGUUUAGGUGAACAAUGGACCGAAACGAAGAGAGCUUACAAAGAAGCUAAUAUGCUAUUGGGUGAUAUUGUUAAAGUAACUCCUACAUCAAAAGUUGUUGGUGAUUUGGCUCAAUUUAUGGUGUCAAACAAAUUAACUUCAGAAGAUGUCAAACGUUUGGCUAAUUCUUUAGAUUUCCCAGACUCUGUCAUGGACUUCUUUGAAGGGUUAAUGGGUCAACCAUAUGGUGGGUUCCCAGAACCAUUAAGAUCUGAUAUCUUGAGAAACAAGAGACGUAAGUUGACUUGUCGUCCAGGUUUAGAAUUGGUUCCAUUUGAAUUGAAUAACAUCAAAGAAGAUUUACAAACAAGAUUUGGAGAUAUCAACGAAUGUGAUAUUGCAUCCUAUAACAUGUAUCCAAAGGUGUACGAAGACUUCCAAAAGAUGAAGGAGAAAUAUGGUGAUUUAUCAGUGUUACCAACUAAGAGUUUCUUAGCCCCUGCUGAAAUCGGUGAAGAAAUUCUAGUUACAAUUCAACAAGGUAAGACCUUAAUUAUCAAGUUGCAAGCUAUUGGUGAUUUGAACAAAGAGACUGGUAAGAGAGAAGUAUUUUUUGAAUUGAACGGUGAAAUGAGAAAGAUUUCUGUUACUGAUAAAUCUCAAAAGGUGGAAACUGUUGCUAAACCAAAGGCUGACACUCACGAUCCAUUCCAAAUUGGUGCUCCAAUGGCCGGUGUUAUUGUGGAAGUCAAAGUUCACAAAGGAUCUCUGGUUAAGAAAGGUGAAGCAGUUGCUGUGUUAAGUGCUAUGAAGAUGGAAAUGGUUAUUUCUUCUCCAGCUGAUGGACUAGUAAAGGAAGUUCUUGUUAAUGAAUCAGAGAAUGUUGAUGCAUCUGACUUAUUGGUUCUUUUAGAAGAAUCUACGCCUCCAUCUUAA